CUCUGAGCCGGUCGCGUCAGGCAUCCACGGGUCUGUUUGCAGACGAUGCGCUUCGAAAACAAUCCGCCGCCAGCGCCGCCAGUGCCGCCAGCGCCACCCGUCUGCGUUCAGAGUGUGCCAGCCUAGCCACCGGUGUCAGUGUAGCGCAGUGCGGUAGUCGGUGCUGGACCAAGCCUGUGUUGUGUGCGGUUUGACAAGUGGCAUGUUGCGGUUCACGAACAACGAGAGAAUGGAUAUUCUCACUGUUUACCGGGAAUCAGGAAACCGUAUUGCUCCUGCACAAAGGCUGUAUCGACAACGGUACCCGGGAAGAAUUGUGCCAUCGGCAGGUGUGUUCCGUCGUGUCGAAGUGAACCUCCAAGUUCAUGGGCAGUUCGUGGCCCCGAGGGCAGUCCAUCGGCCCGUAGGGGGCGACCCAGCACUCCACGCUAUCGUCAGGCAGCAUAUUGAUCAGAACCCUCAUGCAGGUCAGAGGGGUAUUGGCCGAGCUGUGGGUAUCAGUCAUCGAACAGCUGGGCGCAUUUUGAAGACCCUUCAUCUGCAUCCCUUCAAAGUGCACCUCAACCAAGAGCUCCAUGGAAAUGACUUUGCCAACAGAAUAGAGUUCUGCCACUGGAUGCAGGGUCGCCUAGCUGUGAGACCUGAUUUUCAAGAAGAAAUCCUCUGGACUGACGAAUCCUGUUUCACCAGUGAGGGUGAGGUGAACAGGCACAACUGCCACUUUUAUGCUGUUGAGAAUCCUCAUUGGGUGAGGCCGGACCACGUUCAAGGAGGGUGGAGUAUCAACUGCUGGGCCGGCAUCCUGGGUAGGCGGCUGAUAGGCCCCUAUUUUUUUGACGGGCCACCCCUGAAUGGGCCCCGUUAUUUGCAGUUUCUGCAACAAAGUCUCGUUGGUCUUCUUCACGAGGCUGAGGUGCCCCUCAACGCAGUGGCUAACCACUGGCUUAUGCAGGACGGGGCUCCUCCCCACUGGGCUCGUGCAGUUCGAGCGCACCUCAACGAAGUCUACCCUGAUCGCUGGAUUGGACGUGGUGGGCCAGUGGCGUGGCCAGCUAGGUCCCCUGACCUAACCCCUCUUGACUUCUUCUUGUGGGGUUACGUCAAGGCACGCGUCUACGACACAAGACCAGAGAAUCGGGACGAGCUGAAGGCCCGCAUCGAAGCAGUCUUCGCCACUGUCGACGAAGACAUGCUAGGUAGGGUGCACCAAUGCGGCAUGCGUCGGUACGCCCAGUGCAUCGAAAGAGGUGGACAAACUUUUGAACACAUCUUCUAUGAAUGAGAAUUCAAUUUCUUGCUUCAUUUUCGGGAAAAUGAUAUUGCUAUGAAAUGUUUUUGAUUCUAGUUUGAUUUACUGGAAAAUUCUGUUUUGUUAUUAAAUU